GCGCGUCGGAGUUUCGGUCUUGCUCCAGGGCGGUCGGAGCGCGUAGCCGAUCUCGGUGGGGGCUUCGCCGGAAACCACUUUUCUCCAUACUUUUCUCCGUAAAAUAUUACUAGUAAAUUGACCCAAAGGAUGUCAUGACUGCCAUUCAGUGUCAGAAAUGAAAGCCGUCUGGUAUAAGCAAAGCCGUCCCUACCAUUAGCAAGAAAUUUAACCAGAUCUGCUGCCUUCAUAAUCUCUUCAGUGAUGAAAUAUUGCUGGGAAGUAUGGAUAAAAAUAUUGCAGAGCAGCUUAAUAAGGCAUAUGAAGCAUUUCGACAGGCAUGCAUGGAGAGAGAUUUUGCUAUGAAAGAACUAAAACAAAAGACAGACAGCUAUGAGAAGCAGAUACAUGAACAGCAGGAAAAAAUCGAACGUCUAAUGAGCAUUGUUGCAAAACUCAAAUCACAGUUGGCUUCUAUGACUGCCAACAGAGUCAACAUACAUAGUCAAGUUCCAGUCCAUGAAGACAGUGAAACAAGAAGAAAUGGUACCUUAUUGAACUCAGAUUCUGAUGAGCUCCAAGAAAAGCUGAAAUUGGCAGUGCAAAGAGAGAAGCUUUUGAAGGAACAAUUGGAAAAUGAGAGUAUAAAAUUAAAAAAAACUGAAGAAGAUAGUAAUUUAAAGGAAAAGAAAUUUGAAUCUAUUAUCACUGUCAAAGAAGAUGAAAUAAGGAAUCUGAAAAAGCAACUGAAAGAAAUAAAUGAAGCACAAAAUUGCAUACAGGUAUCGAGACAUGAAAAAGAAGCAAGGAGUGAAAAACACCCUUCAUCUAGACAGGAAUUAUCAUCAGGGGCCUCUGCUGCAUCUGUCUGUGAAAGGGAUGAACUGGAAAGCGUUUUCUGGGGCAUGAAGGAAGAAUUCAAUCAAAUACGUGCACUGGCACGGGCGCAGGCGGACCAGCUGAGUAGAUUUAACCUACGGAGAGAACCUACAACUGAAAUUCCAUUCUCCAAGCCUAUCCAGUGCACUGAUGAACAAACAGAUGACCUUUGUAAUCCUUGGGUUAAAAAGGAUGCAAAUAGAGAUGUAUCUCACUUCCCAUCUAUUGCGUCAAGAGGAAUGGGCCAAGACGAGGAGGAAAACUCUGUGGAAUCUCUUUCUAAGCUUAAUGUCAAGUUCCCACCUACAGAUAGUGAUACUGAAUUCUUGGAGAGCUCUCCAGAGACUACACCAAUUCUAAACACUUUGAUGUCUGAAAACACGCUCCCAAAUCAGCCAUUUAACAUGGACCUUGGGGACCAGGAGCCUCCGUGGAAGUCUUACUGCACUCAAGACACUGACUUACUGGCACUUGCUUCUGCAGACUGGGAACUCAGGCAGUCAGGAAUAUGUGAAUUCUGUCAGAAAGUUUUCCCACCAUCUCUUACAUCCAGGGAGGAUUUUCUGAGGCAUCUGAAUUCACAUUUCAACUUGAAGUCUUAGCAUCACUGGAAAACAGAGAAGUUUUAUUUAAAUUAAUUGUGGAUGCUGUACUUUGAUUUUGGUCCGAAUAUAUAUAAAAAUUUCAGAAUAUAAGGUUGCAUUUAUAACCAUCUGUUGAUAGUUUCAUGCCCUCCAUUAACCUAAUUAAAAUCAGAUUCAAAGCCCUAAAAUAAAUAUCCUAAAACUCCUUUUGCAUCAACAUGUUUUGUCUUAAAACUGUGGUUGUAGAGAGGGGUGCUGAAUAUUAAGAUCAAGUCUGAAAUGUAACAAAAAUUGAGCCCAUAUUUUGUAUAUAGAAUUGAUGAGUAUAUAUCAUGCCUUUAUAUUUCUAAAUAACUUUUAUUUAUUAGGAUACUGUUUAACACUUAGCAUACUAGUUAAUGUAUUGGAAGAGGUACAUGGAAAUAAGUGUUAUGCAUUUUAGUGCUUAACUCCAAGUACUUAUUGAUAAGAUGCGAGCCAUAGAUUAUGCAUUUAACUGUGAAUGUGUUAUUCUGUUUCCCCUUCCAUUAAAAUGAACUCUUGUGCAUGUUGCCCCUUUUGUAAGUAGUAAUAAACCAAUGAGCCACAUGUUUCACCUACUUAUAAUUGGUAUAUUAACAUUAAAUCAGAAAUGCAUUUAAAUGUAAGUAUGCAUGGAACAUAUAUGCAGGUGCAGGUGCUUUAUCCUGUGGCCCAUAUCAAUUUAUUUUAUUCCUAAUCAAAAAAGUUAUCUAGAACAGAACGUUGUAAUGUUGUUGACCUGUUAACAGAAAGUGACAAUCAGUUACUAUUUAAAUACAGUAAAUGCUCUCUUACCUCUACUACAGUAGGACUAGAAGUAAGACAUUCCAUAUUAAAAAAACUGCUACUUAAAGUCAAGUGUGGCAUGCUCAACGUGAACUGAGGUGUGGUAUUUAGUCUCAUUUCUGACCUUGAACAGAACUGUGGAUCUGGAAAGAAGGCAAUGGCUGUGUUGCAACAGCCGAAUCCUGUGAUUAGUGUCCUGCUAUGUGCUUAACUGAAGCCAUUGAAUGCAGAGGAUUGUCAUCUGUAUGCAAUUCUGCAUACAGGGUAUUAAUAACCAAUGUGCAAUAACUUUUUUUUCCUGAAUGGACUGCCGUCCAUACAGAAUAUUUAAUAAAUAUCCAGCACUUUGCUGAUCUUGUUUGGACUGAGAAGUGAGGCAAAGCAGGAUCAGACCUGAUUUGUACUUGGAUAGGGGACGAAUGGACAUAUCUAUGAAAGCUCAACUCCAGAGACUUUUAUUUUCUUUCUUUUACUAAAUAGCACUCGCAUAUUAAAUAUAUGGAAAGGCUGUAGUUCCAUGGUAGAUGAAGUACAUGCUUUGCAUACAGUAUCACUGAGAUUCAGUCCCCAUCAUUACCAAGCACAGCUGGAGAGACUGGAGGGCCAUUACAGGACAAUGCAGGUAAUACUGAGCAAAAGGGAUCAAGUAUCUGAUUCUGUAUAAGGCCUCUUCCUUUGUGCUUAGGAACCAAAGUUCCUUUCUCCUCCCCUCUAUAGGAGAAAUCCUAUCCUCCUGCUAGGUGGUUCAUUUUCAAAGCUUCUAAUAGUCUAGUCCAGUGUUUUUCAACCUCAACAACUUCAAGAUGUGUUGGCUGGGGAAUUCUGGGAGUUGAAGUCCACAUCUUAAAGUUGCUGGGGUCGAGAAACACUGGUCUAGUCAGUCCUCAGUUUCCAAGGAAGCUGAGACCAGCCUGUUACUUUCAUCUCUCUCUACUCCUAAUAAACUGGCUGGAAUUAUGACUAAUCUUAAACUGCUAACAAUAAAAAACAACAACAACCAAGAAUUGUAUGUUGAACUAGAACUUUCAAAAGCUUCAGGCCAGCAUGACCAACAGUGAAGGAUUCUCAAAGCUGUGGAUCAGCAACAUCUGAGGUUCCCCACUUCUGAAUUAAAAGGAAACUGCACUUCAGCAGUAAAGCCACAAAGACCCAAGGUAAAGUCCACAAUCUCCAGUUUAAAAUAGAUUAGGCUUUCCAGACUAAGUGAAUUAAGUCAUUUAUAUUGAGCUUAUUACAGUAAUCCAUUUUACCUGCUACAAUGUAGUCUUUUUCAGGAAGCUUUACAAAAUGGAUUAAUGCAGACUAUAGAAUUUUUAUUCCAGAUGUAACAAUUUGUACAGCAAUCAGUUUUAAUAAAGUGUCAAUAUAUGCAAUUAAAGGGUUUUC